AUGUCCAUGUCCGCAUUCUGUUCUUCGUCUGCCAUACUAGCGGACCAGUUUACGAUUGAUCUACUUUCAUCUUCCUCAACCGCAUACCCUAUACCCCACGCCGUCAUCCGCGAGCAGAAGACAUACUACACAAUAUGUUUCCAUCCUGACAUCGCCGGAGUAAUCCCAACCUCGCCCAAAGCAACGCCAAAAUCCGCACUCGCCCCCGCAUAUCCCGAAGUUGUGAAAGCCUGGGACACGAAGGUGAAAGAGAGGCUGGACGAAGAGCAUCGCAUCCGCCAAAUCCAAGACAGUAUCCUUGAUGACGCAGGAAAGCUUAAGGCACAGAAACCCGUCAGAGAAAGGGAUCCGGGGGUCGCAUGUGAUCAGAACCUACUCCCGGGAAUGAGGGCUCAUUGGGGGGAGUUGAGGCAGUGCGCGACGCAUCUACGUGAGGGCAAUGCAUUCGAGGUGUGCAAAGGGUGUCGUGUAGCGCAUCACGCGCAGCACGACCGAAAUUUUGAUCGGACUCUCAUGAUGACAAGAGGAGCGCGCGUGCCGGUUUGCGAGGGCUAUGCAAGAAUGGCUUUGAACAACAUGGGUAUGAGGUCGCGAGCUUGUGUUUGUGACAGACAGUGGACGUGCUACGGCUGCCGGGAGAGUGAGCUAGAACAUCUUGCAAAUGCGAGGCAUGACGCAUAUGUAGAAGGAAGCUGUUCUACAAUGGCGAAGGGAGACAUUGAGAGAGAUGAGGAUAUAAAACUCUUCUAG